AUGGUGUUGGAAGUGGUUGAUCUGACCAAAUACGAAAGGGAAAUCCCUAAAAAGAGUGGAGCGUGUCUUUACUGCUGCAAGAGAUUCAACGUUCUUAGGCAGCACAUCAGAAUGAUGCACAAAGAAGCCAUCAAAUGCGGAAUUAAGGGCUGCACGACUUACUUUCAAACCGAGGAGGAAAAAGAGCGGCAUAUGCAGAAGGAUUUUCACGAGAAACAGAUCAAACCAUGCGAGAGCAGGAAAAUUCGUUGCAAAUAUUGUGUAAUCAUCAAAUUGUAUUCCAAAGUAAAAUCGUGGAGGGAGCACAUGAGACGCAAGCAUCCAAAACUGGUGGCGUGCACGCAAUACGGCUGCAAAGGGUAUUUCAAAUCAAAGCCUGAAAUGAUUCUCCAUGUCAACUCAUUCCACAAACGUGGCAAAAAUCAAGAUCUUUUCGAGUGCGAGCAUUGCGAGUACUUCACAAAGUGGAAACACUUGAUGGUGCUACACCAACAGGCGAAGCACAUUCCAAAGAAGUUCAAAUGCGACAGUUGCGAUGUCAAAUUCGGCUCGAAAGGGUCAUUUGGAAAGCACAUCAAACAAUAUCAUAAAUUCGACAAGUGCAAAUCUUGUGGCAAGGACGUGGCUCUCGGACUCAAGAGACGCCACAGAAGAGGCCAUCUGUUUGCUCCAAAUGCAAACUCAAAUUCACGUGCUCUGUUGCGAGAAAUUAUUAAAAAUCAUCAAGUUCGUGUCUCUAGUGAAGCCAUUAGAUGUUUCGAGGACAUAGUCAAGGACUCGGAUCCAAGCAAGCUCGCGUGUUGUGGCAAGACGACGGCGCUCAAACUGUUGGCCUAUGUCAUCCAAGAUGAAAACAUGGCAAAGCAAAGUUUCAGGUCCAGCGACGAAGGUUGCACGCGUCCUGAUUUAAAAGCCUUGAAUUGCAUUCAAGGUGUCCUGGCAGGAAAGCCUCAUCAAGUUUGGUUCAACCUGCAGUUGCUCAUCAAGACUCGUGUGUCGCACAAGAACUCAGUGAAUUUCUGGUGA